GAUGAGUGAUGAAGGGACAGCCGAGGUAUAUAUCACGACGAGGGUAGGACGGAUCUUACAUACAUGGGUACCUAUACAACAUUGAGCACCUCAGAGAACGAGAAAAAGAGCACGGAUGCGAUCGUCUCUCCCUCUCCCUCUUCCUUCCCCCCGCUUCUUGCACAUGCUUCCCUCAUCCAUCUUCUCACGCUACCCGUCUAUCCCUCCCUUUCUGCACUUCCUCCCUCUCUCCUGCUCUCUUUCUCCCCCCCUCUCUGUCUCUUGCCCGCGUCUACCACAUCGUCUCAUCUCAUCUCACCUCGUUUUGCUUCGUAUUGUCGCACAGCACAGCAUGCUCCAUCUCUUCUCUUCGACUUCUCGUUUCUUACAUACCCAAAACCUCUCAUUGCAAUGUAAAGCGCUUUCUUCACACCUCUUCUGCUGCACCCGCUUGACGUGACCUGACGUGACCUGAACUGACGUGACGUGAACUGACUUGCGGUCCUCACAAGCAUCACCCGAGGGAUGAAUUCAGUGCAGCUGCGCAGCUCCAGAAGCGCCCGUUGGGCCUCUUGCAGCAGCAGCAGCAGCAGCAGCAGUAGCGGGCCCUGCCGAA